CAGAGUAACCUACAUGUUCUAUAUGAAUUAAAUAUAGCUCAAAGAUGAUUACUAAAAUGAUACUCAGAAUCACAUUUUUACUCCAACAGGUCUCACAUGACAUUCAUCAGGGACUGUUUAGAUGCCUUUCUCCUCACAGCCUGUAUGGAGGUGUUGGACAUCAAGAGCCUUGAUGAAAAACCUAAAAGGACCAUUCUUCCAGAAUUAUUACAUCUUCAAAGUAAAGAAGACCAGUAUGAUUGGAUAAAAGAGCUUUGUUUCCAGAUCUUGGACACUUUUGUCUACAUUGAAGAAGAUAGUUUGCCAACUGUCACAGCACAAGCUGCAGAAAUGGACAACAAGGAGCUUUUGAUGAGUGAAAUGUAUCAAGAUGAAUCAAAGCAGUAUGUUUGCACCUGUAACCGAAAGUACAAGACAAAAGGUCACUUCAAGAGACAUCUGCAAAAUGAACACAACUGGGUGUUUCAUACAACAGAAGAGGAAACUCCCGAAUCAGCAACAUCAAAGCAAGACCACAUAGCUCUGUGGCGUUCAUCAUUUAUGAAACUUGCAUUAUUACUUAGGGACACAGAGGAUGCUUUCAAAUUUGGUGAUGGAACACGUAUAUUUAGAAAUGCAAAGUUUGAAAUGAUGUGUGCUGAUAUUGCUAAUCAUUCCAAAUAUAAACUGUGUCUUUGGAGACUCUUAGCCUACGAGUGUUCUCUCCUAUCACCACGUGAGGCAUUUGAGUACAAGUGGAAUUGUUCCUCAAAUAUUCAUGGAGGGACUGGGAAAAAUAUCCCUAAUGACAAUCUCGUUGAAAUAUGCGUACAUGUUAUAAAGAAGAAAACGAGACAGCAGGGUGCAAAUCUAACUUAUGAAAGUGCUAAGAAGAUUGCCUCGUGUGUGCAAAUGCAGGAAGAAAUAAAGUCCAGUGUUCAGAAACAGCUUGGCAUGAAAACCUCAGGUCAAUCCAAACCUACUGUGGAUAAGAAAAAAGAUCUUCAACUGAUCAUUAUGGAACUUAAAGCUAAUGACAUUUUCAGUUACAUUCCUGGGAGGGAAUUCAGUGCUUUUAAAAGUUUUCAGGACAUUUUUUCUCGUGUUAAUGUGGUUCAACUUCACAAAUGGAUAACAAAACAAAAAGAAAGAGCAAGUUAUGAACAGUAACAGUUUGAUGUGUUUUUGUGUGAUUUGUCAUGUUCAUGAUUAAAAUAUCAAUUAAACUUCAUUCUUUUUUUUUCAUCAAUUAACAUGAUUAAGGUGGGAAGGAAGGAGAAAAAAUAUGUUUACUGUUAAUUGGAAAGAAAACAGAGAUAGGAUUCUACGAAUUACUGUUUAAAGAAAAUUGACAAAAAUACACAUAUAAAUCAAUGGUCAAAUAUACUGAUCAUUUUUAAUUUAUAUAUACAUGUAUUUGAAAGCUAUUUCAUUGCCAUGUUUUAAUAUUUUUGCUUGCCAUAGUGGUACACAAUAUGACCAGCAGAUUUCCAAAAGUGAAAGUUGCAUUUUGGCUUUCUUCAUAUGUACCUAUUAUUAGUAUUAAAGUUUUAUUGACAUAAAAAGUAUAGAAGUAUUUUCUUUAAAAAUAAAGUUUGUUCCUAAAGUAUGGAUCAGUCAGGUAAUGCCAUUCCAAGUUAUUUCUAUGAUUAGCAUGGCCGCCUAGGUUUUUGACACCCAAUAUCAGAAAAAACAAACAAAAUCGAAAGAACCAAAAUCGAUUAUUCUGGUUGACUUCUUUGAAUUUGGCCAUUUUCUGUAAUGAUUUGUCUACAAUAUGUCAUAUUAGGUAUAUUUUAAGCAUUAAAUACCUUAAUUUUGCUAAAGUUAAGGUCUUUCUACAAGAAAAAAAAAUUUGAAAUCAAAUCCUUUGACUGACAACAUAGGAAAAACUUUGAAUGGCCUAAAAACAUAUUUUUUAUGUUAGACCUAAAGUAAACUGUAUCUAAAUCUACUUUCAACAUUUAAAUGAAAAUUUGUGAAAUUGAUCAUAUAUUAUAAUUACUACCUGUGAAUAUCGAUGAUUUUAGUUAACCUUUCGUAGCUUAACUAUUUAUUGAAAAAAAAUUUCAUUGUAUUAAAAGAGUUUUCAGAGUC